AUGCCAUAAGAAAGUUGCGACUUAGUUGGGCCUUUUAGCUUUUUUGUACAAGCUCUUCUAGGAUUUCUCUCAUUUUUAGUAUUAAUAGUUAAAAGAUACAAAGAAAAGCCAAAAAGAUAAUGGAAAAUUUGGAUUUUGGAUACUAGCAAAUAACUAGCAUCAGCAUUCGUAGCUCAUUUGCUGAAUUUAUUUUUAUCAAUAAUUCUAAGCAGUGGAAAUGAUGAUGUAGAUCCUUGUCACUGGUAUUUUAUAACAGUAAUUUUUGAUACAACUGUAGGAGUGUUUUUGUGUUAUUUAAUUCUUCAUUAAUUUGAGAAAUUACUUACAUCAACAAAAUAUGAGAAAUUUAAGAGUGGCAACUAUUUUAAUAUCAUAACACCAGAUCAAGCAAUUAGCAUUUAAGAAUAACAUCAAAAAGCUGGAAAAAAUGUUGAUAAAGAAAAAUUAAAUACAAAUCUCCUAAGACCUAUAAUUUAAGUUAAUAUUGGAAUUUGGCUAAUGCAGUUAUUAAUUUGGAAUGUUAUAGUUAUUAUGUCAAAAUCAGUCCUCUAUUUCAUCUAAAUGGGAUUAUAAAAUGUCUUGCUAUAAAUAGCUGGAUUUCUUUUCUAAGGUAUCACAAAUAUAUACUUGGAGUUAAUAAUAGUCAUGGCAAUUAUUCCUGUAGUUAUGAAUGGAUUAUAAUUUUGGGUUUAAGAUAAUUUUUUGAAAAAGCACGAAUUCUCUUAAACUGACAAAGAGUUUUUAAUGGUUGAAAUGUUUGCCCCUGAAGAUUUAGAUGGUUUAGUAGAGCUAAAUUAAGUUUAGAAUUAAUUUAGAAAUACAUAAUGUAGUUUUGAGGAUAACAACAGCCAGACAAAGAAAUACUAAUAAAAUGCAUCGUAUGAUAUAGAAAAUAGUGAUGCUAUCUGA